UGAAAGGGCACUGCUCGAGAACGCCACGUUUACGUCGUGGUUAUUGGUCAGUGGUCUUGUCUCAGUCACACAGGUAUGACAUUGUGGAAACUGAAAUGUUUUAUCUCAGAUUGUUUGAAGACUGUUUCAGAACAAUACAAAAUGUCAAUGUUUUUAAAAGUAGGUAGAAAGUUUCUCUCUCCUAGUAAAGUCAAUGUGUCAUCACAAAAUCAUCCUGGUAAAUGUGGAAUCUUUCAUUAAAGUAAAAGGUAUUGCUCAAGUUUUGGGGAAAUGUGGCAACAUGUUUGUGGUAACCUCUGUAUGCUCGUGUGAGUAUGUGGAGUAUGUUGAAUGUAUGAGGGAAGCCUGGGAGUUUCAUUACAGAUAAAACUUGUAACAUGGCUGCUGGUGGGGAAGUGCCAAGUCCAUGGCUGACACCCCGCAACCGAAAGAGGAAAGGCCCAUUCAUCACAUCUCAGGAGUCUUCUGCUUCUGUAAACACGCACGAAAAAAGGACUGGAGAAAGGUUUGAUGCCUAAAUCCUUGAAGUACACAAGUAAUGAAGGUCUUCCUGUUAACCUUUUCCACUGGAGGUGGUGCUAGCCUAGACAAAGCCUUAAGAUUCCUGUAGCUUCUCGAGCAAGCUCUGUGCUGACUGUGUGAGGCGUUGCCACGGUAACACUUAGAGGGCGCAGAUGGGAGAGUCGGCUGCUCCUCAAAACCUCAAGCGGUUACUAAGGCAAACGUUAAAGCCUCACGCAGCAGACAAUGCUCUCUGGCUCAACUGCAGCCCACUUCCUGUAACUAUGAUGCACCCGUUCCUGCGCCCUUUUUGUCUCUUGACCCACAAACCGAUGUUUGCAAAACUGUUGAGGUUGACGAUUUUGCGAUUCUCAGAAGCCCGUAGAGUGAGAAAUGAAACCAACACCCAAGAGUUUUCAGUAGUUAUGUAACCUACUUCUGUUUUUUUUUUUUUUUAACUUCACCAUAGCUGUUUUUUCCUGUCUUGCCCCAUUAUCUUCGUCAAAAUGCAGUGUUACAUUCCUUGAUGGUUUUGGUGGACGUUCACCCACUGUAGUACUCAAAUGCCCACCACAACCACUGGGUUUAUAACAAGACAUAAGACAACUAUCAAACACAGUUUUAAUACUAGCAAGUGUAUUUUACAUAUUUUAAAGAGUGUGUUUUGUAUAAAAGUCAUUUCUUGAGCUUAGAGACCUAGAUCUAACCACAGAAGGUUGUUUGUUAUUCUUCACAUGAUUCCCUAUGGAAUUUCCAGAAUCCAACCUAGGGAUCGCCACCAGUCCGUUUCCCUCCUCUGCCUUGUGGAAUAUCUUUACUGAGCUUAGACCAUGUUAUAUGCAGUUGAUUAGGUUGGUGGAUGUGCCAUUGCUGGUAAUUUUGUGCAUGGUUAAAUAUAGCAUCCUGGAGUUUGUGUAAAUAUCCUUAUACAUAUUUGUUGAGGGUACGGUCAUUGAAAUGUAUGACCUGUGUAGACGUUCAGAAAAAUACAUGUAAAACUAUGUCAUUUUGUAUGGCUGUCACUUUGGCAAUUGUGGCAAAGUCAAAGAAUUCUGCUUUUUAAAUCAUGUAUGAGUCAAAUUCCCUGUUUUACUGUGUAUGAAGUAUUAUUUAAAACGACUCACUGGAUAACAAAUUCUUUUGAAUUCGAAGUUGACUUUACAGGCCUGACCAAGAUAUGUAACCAAGUUUUGAGUUGAUAUCUGUGUAGAGUAAACAAUUGAUGUGACCACAUCGAUGUCACCAGGUAGAACAAUGGGUUUCUCUUGACGGCAGCAAACACGAAUUCAUAAUCUUUAAAUGUAAAACUAAAAUCUUUUUUUUUUUACAGAAGUUUUGAGGAGUUUACAAUUAGCAAGGAGACUGCUGGUCGAUUAUUUUGGUCUUUCCAACACUAGAUCAGGAUUAGCCAUUUUCUCAAAGGCAAGAUGACAUUCAACCACAAAUGUUCAACACAUUCAUACCUGCUACAGCUGUGGACUGACAUUUAGUAUGAAAAGUAGUUUCACUUUAUGCUGUCAGACAGCUGUUGGCCUGGAGACAUCCCCACUGCUUUGGAAAAAAAACAUGUAGGGUGGUGCGCCAUUACUGUGGAACCAAAACAUAUGAGUCAAACGCUGGUGUUUCCCGCAACCAAAUGCCAGUCCCACUUCAUAACUCCAUCGUCCCGCAGUCUUAACUCUUGACGCUAUAGCCUACAUUUGCAAUUGCAGGUCUCCGUAACUUCCUGUUUCAGAAACCCCACUCUGGCAAACACAAUAGUGUAUUUGUGCUCUCUGACGCCUUACAUAACCUCAUAAGCCAACCCGAUUCUUGGCCCACGCUUGUUUUCGGAGAGAGGAAGUGCAGACAGGUUAGCAGUAUGGCACUGGGGAUUUUUGUUGCUGGGUGGAGGAGAGUUUAUUUUCAAAUGUGUGUAGGUGAGGUACUCUCCCUCCCUUCUCUGAAGGGGUGUUUUUUUCUUUCUUUUUUUUUCUCUUGAUGUCGCACAUCACUAACCAUUUGGAAACACAAAUAUUCUCUCAGUUUCAGGUUGAAGUGUCGCACCACCAUUUCACACUCUGUGACCAAUUACUGGUUAACCCUAUUCCAGAUGGAUUAUUAGGCUACUGUUGUGACUGUCUGAAACUGAAGAAAAUAAGGCUAGCUGAAUGCAAAUUAUUUUGCCCUGUGAAUUACUAUCCUAAGCAGAACUACUCCAAACCGAUUUGUGUUUGAAGUAAGACUAUCAUAAAUGUGUGUUAGGUUCAUUUCAAAGGGGUUCAAAUGAUAGUUUUUAAGCUUAGACUUUAGGCUUACGCUAUAGUUUGUUGUGUUUCAGGUUUUGUAUUUCACUUUUGUUUGCAAACAUACAUUAUAUCCGGCAUUAAGUAACUUUAUUUAGAACAGUAAAUGUCAAUCUCUAAAGUCAUUCUUUAGAGAUCAAAGAACAUUUUAAAGAGGUAUUUCCUGGUACAUUGUGAUUGGUCUAUGCUCCUUCUGCCUGCGCCCUAGCAACAGCACGCCCCAGAGGCUUUAAAAAGCAACAGAAAGCUAGUUUCUCAGAAGUCAGCUGACCACAAAUUCUCUGGGAGUCACAUGACCAAAGUUAAAGAGAAGUUGAAAGACUGUUUACAGGGAAACUUAACCAUUUUGAGUAUUUUCACAACGACCAAUGUUUUUCCAAAUGCUCAGUAAUUUCAUUAGAAAUGUGUCCAGAGGAAAACUUGUACUACAUACUAAAUCAUAGCCUACUAAAUAUAAUUUACAAUUACAUUAUACCUCCAGUUUAUUUAAUAAAUACAUAUGUAAAUUACAUACAAAUCUACACAUGCAGCUGCUGUUUGAGUGCAUUAUUUCUGGCCUAUCUUUACAGAGUCCCUCAUUAUGUUGUGCUAUGGAAAAAGUAAGCCCGAGAAGGAAGAGGAAGCAAUGUGCUGAGCUCUUGUAUUUAAUCAAGGUAGGCUAAUAUCGGCCAUGUCUGCUUCUAGCAUUGCUGUUAUUACUGCAUCAAUCCUUCUGUCUCAGUACUGUAGGACACACCAAGAAACUACAGUAGAAUGUGUGCCCUCUUACAUUUGAACAAAGAUAUAGCCACACUAAAGCCUAGUUCCCGAUUACUCCAUCUUGUGCACCUUUUUUGGCAAAAGUAUUGUUAAUGUUCUACUUAGACUUAAUUUAAAGCAUUUGCUUGUUCUAAUUCACACACACACACACACACACACACACACACACACACACACACACACACACACACACACACACACACUUUUGUAUCUCCUUUAGAGACUGUAAAACAAUUUCACAUCGUGACAGGACAGCCAGUGAACUUCUAAGCAUGGCGCCCUCUCCUGGUCAAAUUUGAAUGUAAUUUGCAGUCAUCGUCUACUGAAAUAAGACCAUUGAACUCAACACAGGUGUCAAUUACACAAUGUAUUAUUGCGUUUAUAUUUUUAUGACAGUUCAACUACUUUUGCUGUUUUGAUCUAUUUCAAUAUGUUUCGGUUUCGGUUUGAAUCUAAAAAAAACCCCAAGGAAUUUACCACUUGAAGUCUUAGGAACUGCUUUUUGGUAUCAGUUAAAUUUGACGCUAUACAGAAAUCUGAAGGACCAAUAAUUCCAAAUAGCUGUCCAGACACUGUCUGUUGUAUGGGAUUUGCCCUUUGUUGCUGGUUUUAGACCAAAACUCUUUUCUGUUGGUUUAAAUUUAAAGAAAAAAAGAAAAAGUUAUUACAAAAGAUUCUAGAAUGGAGCUCCACUCUAGAAUCUUUGGUAUAGUCACCAACAGGGCAUUCCGUUCAUGUGCAUACCCAUGUUGUAAUUGCUUAUACUUUUCUUGUAGUGUGUGUGCGUGUGCGCGUGUGCCUGCCUGGACAACCAAGGUGUGGGUCCUGGAAUGCUGUCUCCCAGUUUGUAAGUUUCCUUAAGGUUCUACUGGGACCUGGUGAUGCUGUUCUUGAUGAUGGGGAACCUGAUCAUCCUACCGUGGGGCAUCACCUUCUUUGAGGACCAGAACACGGCGCCAUGGAUCACGUUUAACGUGGCCUCAGACACGCUCUUUCUCCUGGACCUGGUCUUCAACUUCCGCACUGGUGUAUUUGAAAACGAGGGCGAUCAGAUCGUUUUGGACCCCAAGGUGAUCCGGAGUCGUUACCUGCGCGGCUGGUUCGCGGUGGACUUGAUCUCGUCCAUCCCGGUGGACUACUUCUUCCUGGUGGUGGACCUGCAGUCGCGGCUGGAGUCGUCAGACGUGUACCGCACGGCCCGGGCGCUGCGCAUCGUCCGCUUCACCAAGAUCCUGAGCCUGCUGCGCCUGCUCCGCCUCUCCAGACUCAUCCGCUACAUCCACCAGUGGGAGGAGAUUUUCCACAUGACCUAUGACCUUGCGGCUGCAGUGGUGCGGAUCGUUAACCUGAUCGGCAUGAUGCUGCUGCUGUGCCACUGGGACGGCUGCCUGCAGUUCAUGGUGCCCAUGCUGCAGGACUUCCCCCCCGACUGCUGGGUCGCCAAAAACAACAUGGUGCAUUCCAGUUGGCAGCUGCAGUACUCCUAUGCUGUCUUCAUGGCCAUGAGCCACAUGCUGUGCAUCGGGUACGGGAUGCAGGCUCCAGCCAAUCAGACCGAUGUCUGGCUGACAAUGAUCAGCAUGAUCGUCGGCGCUACCUGUUACGCCAUGUUUCUGGGCACUGCUACCAACCUAGUGCAGUCUCUGGACUCUUCCCGUCGACAGUACCAGGAUAAAUAUAAGCAGGUGGAGCAAUACAUGUCCUUCCACAAGCUUCCUGCUGACUUGCGACAGAAGAUCCACGAUUACUAUGAAAACCGCUUCCAGGGCAAGAUGUUCGAUGAGGACAAUAUCUUAGGAGAGCUCAGUGAUCCACUCAAAGAGGAGAUAAAGGGUUACAAUUGCCGUGAGCUGGUGGCCAACAUGCCAUUCUUUGCCAACAUUGACCCCCAUUUUGUGACCGUUGUGCUGACCAAAUUGUGCUUUGAGGUGUUUCUCCCGGGCGACGUCAUCAUACGGGAGGGCACACUCGGCCGUAAAAUGUACUUCAUACAGCACGGCUGUGUCACGGUCAUCACCAGCGACAAGAAGGAGAAGCAGCUUGUUGAUGGCUCAUACUUUGGGGAGAUCUGUUUGUUAACUCGUGGGCGGCGCACGGCCAGUGUGAGGGCAGAAACAUACUGCCGCCUCUACUCCCUGAGCGUGGAGAGCUUCAACGAGGUCCUGGAGGAGCAUCCUCUCAUACGCAGAGCUUUCGAGAGCAUCGCAAUGGAGCGCAUAGACCGACCAGACAUUUCGAUCACUGCGCCAGAAAAACAGAAAGAGAGUUAAAGAUGCUGUGUGUGUGUGUGUGUGUGUGUGUGUGUGUGUGUGUGUGUGUGUGUGUGUGUGUGUGUGUGUGUGUGUGUGUGUGUGUGUGUGUGUGUGUGUGUUAGAGAGAGUGGGAGAGAGUAGGAGGGAUAUCAUGAUGAAGACCCACAUGGAUAUCUUUUGGAAGUCUACACAAGAACUAUACUAAGGGGGAAAUUCCUUGUUUGAAACUUGUCCUCUACUACUACACCUUGGCUGUAACUUAACAUUAAGUUUGAACAGUACAGUAUUCAGAUGAUAAUCACUAUUAGCCCUACAACAAAUCCCCUACAUUGGGGACCAGGAAGAGGACCAAAAUGAGGAAGAGAGGUAUUUUGUAUUGUUGUACAUGCCUUUCUCCUGACUGAAUGUUGUGAACUGAUAUUCUUUUGUUCGCACGUAUGUUUUGAAUGAAUAAUUGGAUUGGACUAAUUGCUGCAAAAGUCAAUCACGGACAUGUCAAUGCUGCCAUUUCCAGUGGACUGUAGCCUACAUGGAUUCUAUAACUCUCCUUUCCUUCAAUAUGGACAGUCUCUCACUAGGACAUCAGCCUGGUCGUAGUGACCUCUAGUGACACAUAUAUGUAAAAGCAGGCUUUUCUUUCCCAGUUUUGACUUCCAGGAAACUGUGAUAUUUGUUGUUAAUAGAAAAAAAAAACUGCUAUGAAAAUGCACAUUAUUAUAUUAGCCAGUUAUCAUUUUUUUCAGGACUUUCAAUGAGAAGUUCAAUAUUGAAAAUAUUCCUAGAUGAAGUUACUUGAUUUCAAGCAACAUUAGUACAAGUUACAAUGCUUUUUGAAAAUGGACAGUAGAAUAGUAUGCAUAUGACUGGACCAAACAGGCAUUUAGCCGCCUCAUAUUGGAGCUAGCAUCUUUGUCCUAAACCUAUAGGCCAGGGUAUCAAUCAACAUAAUGCUACUCA